UCCAGGGCCUCGCUGUGUGUGUGUGUGUGUGUCUGUAUGUCUCUGUGUCCCCGUUCUCGGAGCCGUCCACAUCUCUUCUCUUCUCUCUCCCGCCCACCGUGCGCUCAAUAAAUUGAAUUUGCCGGGAGAGACGGAGGAAGAUGGCGGCCACUGACCGUUCCAGGUCCGAAGCUGCGAAGCAGCGACGGCAGGAUCAGCUGCGGCGGUGGCAGGGCUCGGAGACUGACCUCACCGCCGGCGCUGAAACGCGGAGUCGGGCUCUGAAGUCCGCCAAAGUGCGCUUCGCCCAGGGCGCCGUGUUUAUGGCCGCCUGCUCGUCCGGGGACCAGGACGAGGUCGCCGAGCUGCUGAGACAGGGAGCGGACAUCAACCACGCAAACGUGGACGGGCUCACAGCGCUGCACCAGGCUUGCAUUGACGAGAACGCUGAGAUGGUGCAGUUUCUUGUGGAGAGCGGUAGUGAUGUGAACCGAGGGGACAACGAGGGCUGGACACCCCUCCAUGCAGCUGCUUCCUGUGGCUUCAUCCAGAUCACCAAGUACCUGAUCGAGCACGGCGCACAGGUGGGAGCGGUGAACAGCGAGGGGGAACUUCCUUUGGAUGUGGCCACGGAGGAAGCCAUGGAAAGGCUUCUAAAGGCAGAGAUCAAAAAACAGGGUGUGGACGUGGAGCAUGCGAGGAGAGAGGAGGAGCGAGUGAUGAUGCAGGAUGCCAUGAAUGUUUUGGCAGGAAGUGGUUCUCUGGUGCCUCAUCCCAACACUAAGGCAACGCCACUGCACGUAGCCGCAGCUAAAGGCUACAUUGAAGUGCUCAAGGUGUUACUGAAGUGCAAGUUGGAUGUGGACAGUAGGGACUGUGAUGGUUGGACCGCUCUGCAUGCCGCCGCUCACUGGGGGCAGGAGGAGGCGUGCGGUCUCCUCGUGGAUCAUAUGUGUGACAUGAACGCUGUCAACAACGUGGGUCAAACGGCUCUCGAUGUUGCCGACGAGAAUCUAGUGGACAAGUUGGAGGAGCUGCAAAAGAAGCAAAACGCAAUGCGUAUAGAGAAACUGAAGAUCCAGAUGCCUGUUAUUGAAACCAGUCCACCCAUCUCUAUGGCACCAGUCCGUCCUCGCAGGACGUCCAUCUCUCGUAUGAGCAGCAAGGAGAAGAUCACGUUGCACGAGAGAGAGAAGCACCCCCCGCCGUCCGCCCUCCAGACUCCGCCCACGGAGGAAGAGGAGGAGGAGCAGCCGAACACCCAGAGCCGUCCAGGUGCACCGUCCAAAGCGUCCAGCAGCUCCAGCUCCGAGGAGGAGAGCGAAUCGGAGAGCGAUGCUGAAUCAGAAAAGGCAAAAACCAGGGAGUUGAUCAACAACUUGAACAACAAGCGCAACAGCGCUGCUCCUAUAACGAGCACGACCAGCAGCACCGGCACCACCGGCACCAGCAGCACCAGCACAACAAACCAGGUUAAAAAGCCGGAACCGACACGGCCUGCAGCGAGCGAGGCUCCCGGUUCAUGGAGGACGUCUCUGCGCAAAGCGGGCAGCUCGGUAACAUUGGGAACCUCAGGCGUGUCUGAUGCAGCCACGGAAAACCCACGGGGCACCGAAAACACCUCAAGCGUCGGGAUGUCCCGCUCUGCCUCCAGUCCGAGACUCAGCUCAGACACUGACACGAAGGAGCCCAGGUUAGCCCGAGUGCAGCCCACACCGUCCAGACGCCUGUUCAGCGUUGGAGACAGCAACACCACCGGUAGCACCUCAGACAACCCCAGCAGCUGGUUGAGCAGGAGCUCGUCCUACACACGAAGGCUGAACAGCCAGUCAGGCAGUGAGCCGGCAGCACAGAACCCUUCUUUACCUCGUAGCUCAUCUUAUGGAAGGAAACUCGAUGACCCCACACAGGGAACAUCUGGACUCAGUCGCCUCAACAGUAUAGUGGCUCAGAGGUUAGCUCAGGAAGAGUCCGAAAAGAAGGAACCCGUCUCCACGACGACGACUACGACAGCAAGCGAGCAGGAGACGAAGCAGCGGAGGAGAUCAUAUCUUACCCCAGUACGUGAUGAAGAGGCUGAAGCUCAGAGGAAAGCUCGCUCCAGACAUGCACGUCAGUCCAGACGCUCUACUCAGGGUGUUACACUUACUGACCUCCAGGAAGCAGAGAAGACAAUAAAGACUGAAAUCAAGGGAAAAGAGAGGACUAAAGAGGAAGAGGAGAAAGAAGCGAAGCAGAAGAAGGGAGAGGAAGGGGAGGUGAGUUGGAGGUCUCGUAUUGCGAACUUGCAGAAGUCGGAUCUGCUGGGACUCACUCACCCUCCUGGUGCACCUCGUCCUGCUGACAAGAGAGAUGCAGAGGACGCUAUGGCUGAAAUUGAGGAGCGUGUGAGGGAGAGGAGGAGAGCGAGAGCUAGGAGGAGAGAAAGAUUAGGAGAGGGUGAAGAUAACGAGCCCAGCGCAGAGGACGAGAGCGGUGGUGGGCCGGACCUACAGACAGACAGAUAUAUUAGCAGCAGGUCUAAUCCAGCCCUCAAUGACUGUCUCAUGGCAGGGGGAUCAGAUGUUAAAGAUUAUAAAAGGUUGUUUGAGAAGUUGUCCAGGGAGAACACUCAGCUGCAGUCUCAGCUACAGGACACACUGAGGAGCGUGUCUGUGACUAGAAUGGAGCUGGAGAAAGCGACCCAGAGACAGGAGAGGUUCAGUGACUGCACCGCUCUUUUGGAGUUGGAGAAAAAGGAGAAGGGGAUGUUGGAGAGACGUGCAGCGGAGUUAGAGGAGGAGCUGAAAGUAUUGGGGGAUCUGAAAGCGGAUAACCAGAGGCUGAAGGACGAAAAUGGAGCGCUCAUCCGAGUGAUCAGCAAGCUCUCGAAAUAGACGGCGAGAAAGCGCAAGAGAACGGAUGAGAAGGAGAACAGAAAAUAGACAGAGGCUCAGAGAGAGAGACAAUCCACCCCUUUCCCCACAUCCUCACAUCCUGUGCCAAAGAAUUAGUUGUGUGUGUGUGUGUGUGUGUGUGUGUGUGUGUGAGAGAGAGAGAACGAAGGAAUGAUGGAGCACUUCACUUUUUUUUUUAUUAUAUACAUAUAUAAAAAUGUGCACCGUUUAAACAAACUGCAUUUUGACCUGAUCCCUACCUGUCUGACCAAGGACGCACGUGUGUGUGUGUGUGUGUGUGUCUGUGUAUGUACACACAAUAAGCUACCCCGUAACACAUGCACAAUCAGUAUGACCUGCAUUUGCCCAUAUGUUCAGGAGACUAGUUGGAAAUGAUGUAUGCGCACACUUGGCCAGCUUACACACACACACACACACACACACACACACACACACACACACACACACACAGGUGGUCACAUGAGUGCCACACGCAUUCCACACCUCUCAGGCUCUUUUAGGUCUGCAGUAAUUUUGCACUUUGCAUAUACUUCUCUCUCUCUCUCUCUCUCUCUCUCACUCACACACACACACACACACACACACACACACACACACACACACACGCGCGCGCGCGCACACACAUGCUGGUUUAGUCUCUUCUUAUGCGAGUUUCCAAUUCUAUGACCACUUUGUUAGCCAGUAGUGGCUGAAAGUAUAGCCACACAACACUACGAUCAAUAACGAGACCAGUACACUUCUCUCUCACACACACACACACACACACACACACACACACACACACACACACGAACAGUUGUGCACAAGCCUAUCAUGCUAUGCAUUGUGUAUUUUCCUUCACGUAUUGAUAUAAAGGUGAAGAAAUAGAAUCAUUGUUUUCAUGUGUUUGCGUGUGCAUCAGUUCCUCGCACCUGUUAUUGGGGGACGAGGAUGGUAACUUUGUUUAUUAUAUAAAUGGACAAAUAUUAUUCCCUUAAAAUAAUAAUGUCAUCAAAAGUAACGUGAUACCCAUGUGUUUUUAAUAUAUGUGUAUAUACAUAUAUGUGUAUAUACAUUAUAUAUAUAUAUAAACAAAUGAAUUUCAGCACUUAAUAAAAGGUUGUGUGUAUUUAUA